AUGGUCAAAUUACACUGCCUUGCCGAUAUUUGCAUUAUUCCGAUCGGAACCCCUACGGCGUCAGUGAGUGACUACGUGACUGCUUGUGUCAACUAUGUGGCUCAGAGCGGCGUCAAGUACACCCUACACAGUGCCGGGACCACGUUGGAGGGCGAGUGGGACGAAGUCAUGCAAUUGAUUGGCGAGCUACACGAGUUGUGCCACAACGAGUUGGAAGUUGUUAGAGUUCAAACCGACAUCAGAGUCGGAACCAGAAUCGACAAGGCGCAAACUGCCGCUGACAAGGUCAGAGUUGUAAAGGAGAAGUUGGAGGCCAGGAAUUCUCAGUAGACCACUUCCAGACGCCGUGCUAAGCCCCCGGAUGGACAGCUAGAUAGAGAUAUAGCAGACUAUUGGUAUCCUUUGGUUAGAACAGGCAAUUUAUACACGUCGUGAGCUGGGAUAAAUAAUCAGUGUAUAGUAUACUUUGACAGUUCACACAGCUAAACUUGUAGAC